GUAGUGCCAACAUUCAAUAGCUAUUAAAUAUUAUAUUUAACAUCGGAGUGCACCAAUUUUACAUGAGCACCAGUUGCACGUGCUUGCGGCAUAUAACAUUAAGAAAUGGAACAAACAAAGCCAUUUUUCGACUUUUGCGUACCAUUCAGCAAAGAUGACAAACAAAUGCGGGCCAUACUCAACGAGUUGGUGGAGUUGGGCUAUAAGACGAUUGCCAUCGACCAGAGCUUCGACCACAGCAAAAAGGAUGCCGGUAAACGUGGCUCCGAGAUGUUUCCCGCACCACACAGCAUCGAGCAUUUGCGGAAGGAGUUUGCCGACAAGCUGAGAAUUUUGCAGAGGAUAACAAUUCUCUAUGUGGAUGUAAAUCUCUCGCAUGCGAUGAGUGUUUCGUAUAAUCUGAGAAAGUUCAAUCUUAUUGCUGGACAGCCCAAAACCGAUGCCGCACUGACGCAUUGCUGCACCACAUUCACAGGGGACAUAAUAACCUUCGAUCCUGUUGCUGGUUCGAGGCUUUCGGUCAACAGAAAGGCCUACCAGGUGGCCGUUCGUCGUGGCAUGUUCUUUGAGAUCAAAUACGCCCCAGCUAUUGCGGACUCCAACAAUCGCAAGGACAUGAUAAAGAUGGCCCAGAACUACUCCAUCAAGGGCAAGUCAAAGAAUAUAAUUCUCAGCAGUGGAGCAGAGCAUGAGUUCCAGCUGCGUGGACCCUACGAUGUCGCGAAUCUAGCCUUUAUAUUUGGUUUGUCGGAGGAUCAGGGAAAGAAUGCUGUGGAUCGUUUCUGUCGGCAAAUCUUUUUGCGUGCCGAAUCGCGACGUUUGGGCAAAACAAUAAUGUUUGUUAAGGGAAGUGGUCCCAUAGUGUUUUCCGACGAUGACCAAAGCGGAGCGGAAGAUGACGAAAUGGAUGGGUUAGGCACCGAAAUGUCGAAAGACGUUCAAAAUGAAGAGCAAAAUGAAAUAAAACCACCCAUUAAAAGACUGAAAGUGGCAUAAAACUAA